AUGCCCCAGUGGCAGCCCUAUGCGGAGGACCUCCCGGUGGAAGUGCUCUACCACAUUCAGAACAGGGCUCAGGGCAGAACGAUCGCCCAGCCCAGGCUGGUUUUGGUGGAUAGCGCUGCUGCGAUGGCUGGGGCGCCGCCCCACGAGGGUCCGCUGCCGGAUGUGAUGAGCUGGCAGGGGCAAGUGGAGGUACACAAGGCCGAUGGACUUCAUGAAGAUAAGGCAAAGGCAGUGCAAUGCAGAGGCAGCGCUGUGUUGGACAACAAGGAGGGGCAUGAUCCAUCAUGGUCACAAAUGAUGGCGGGCAAGUUACAUUCAAGAUCCACAUUGCUGACAUCCACGAGCGGACAGGAUGGCUUGUUCUCACGCCACCCAAGCAGUGCUCGUGGGGGUGAAGGUAGCAGCGGCGGCAUUGCCCAGGACAGUGAGGAGGUACUUGAGAGGGUCAGGUAUUUUGCGGAGGCAUGUGACUGGCUGCAAGGUUUCCAGAUCUUGCACGAUGACGUAAGCCCCUAUGGCCCAUUGGCAACUGCAGUUUUGUGGGACCUACGGGAUCAGUACUCAGGUGCACCUAUUACCCUGGUAGGCCUCCAGCCACCGUUGGGCCAUGAGCUCACCCGCAUGCAGAGGAAUAGGGCAAGCAUAAAACGGGGCAUGUCACUUGGGAAUCUUGCUGAGCCAUGUGCAUUGUACAUUCCGCUUGGUGAACCAUCCUCCUGGCCUUCAGGGUUGUCUUUGUCCACCACACCAUGUUCUUCGCUUGCACACCUUCACGCAAUGGCCUUGACAUCUGCCACCCUACCUUUUCGUCUCAACCCAUCCCAGGCCCAUGAGCGAGGCACCCCCCUUGGCGAGCCGAUUGGUGCUACAGACUUACAGGAACUGUGCAAAAUGGUGUCUGGCAGAGGAGCCCCAUUGGGAGCCCUUUCUGCGUCGAUUCCACCCCACUUUCAGCAGCGGCCUUUUGCAGCAACAGCAGACAGCAGGAUGGGUGGCGUGGACCAGGAAUGUAUAAGCCAAGGCAGCUCACAGGCUGACCUGAUUUCACUCUCCCCUGGGAUGAAGGCAUGGGAUGCAACCCUACUGGCAGAGUCUGUCGUAUGGCUGGGGCCAAGAUGUGCCACAACACUCACCCCCAUGCUUUGUGAUGCUGCUGCUGUCUUGCUGGACUCGGGCUUGGCCCAGGAGCACAGGAGGUGUGUGCGGCACCGCUGCCUCUUUCCAACCCCACUGCCCACACUGACACACUCUCCUGGUGUCCCCACGCCUUCCCAGGCCACGGCUGGAAGAGUCUUGGACGGAGUGUCAGUAGGAAGUCCCGGAGGCUGUCAUGAGGGCUGGGGGCAGACACAACGAGAUGAAGCUAUUCCUGUGCUCACUCGGCUGAGGUCCACCCCAGAGUUUGGGCCGAUGCUGUUAAAUGCCAUCAAAGAGUUCGAGGUGGCGGCAAGGACGACGUGGGGUGAGAGCGAGUUGAAUUCGUGGGGAGUUGAGAUGGAAGACAAGGAACAAAUAGUUGACAACUUGCGCAGUUGGGCCUGCUCGUAUGACACGGACAUCGGUGUGGAUGACCUCGACUGGUAG